ACCUAUGAAAUAAUUAAAUUUUCUGGACCAGAAAUAAAGAUAUGGCAAAUGAUGUUUAAUUAAAAAGGUGAAGUCUUGAAAUGUACAACUCAGCAUAAACUUUUUAAUUUUUUUUCCUUUUCCGAAUUAAUGAUUGUAUGUAAUAAAUUUUAUGAGAAUGAAAACUCCUUACACUCUUCAAGAAUAAAACACCACUUACUGUGUGUGUGUUUUUAUGAUAAUAUAUAUACACCGUUCAUAGUGCUGCGGCUUCUUGCUGUAGGUCUUGUUACUAUUUGAAAACUAUUCCAAGAAUACUAUUACAGACUUUUUAUAAAGGUGAAAUUCUUUAUUAAUUCGAUUCCUUUUUUUUGUGUGUGUGUGUGUGUGUGUGUGUGUGAUUAUAAUAUAUACCACCUUUUGAUCUAUAUAUGGUCACUAUUUACUUAGAUUUUGAGUGGUGAAGUUUAGAAAUUUUUAUUGAUUAUUUUUGGCGUCCAAUUAUUGCUUGAAACUCAUUUUACUUUUUAUCAUCAUUGCAUUGAACUGUCUCUGAGAGAGAGAGAGAGAGAGAGAGAGAGAGAGAGAGAGAGAGAGAGAUGUUAUGAACUUGAGGAAUUUGUGUGAUCAUCAACCAUCGAAUAAUCGUCUAAUUCUUUUUACAGUUAUGACGGAUAAAUUAGAAGAUGGUACAUUUUCGGAUAAUCGGAGCACGCCCGUCUCCAUUUGCUUUAAGGAUUUGAGAUCAGUGUUUAAACUGGAUGAACUCGGUAUGGAAAUAGCAAGAAUCGCCUUCCCAGCCGCGCUCGCUUUGACAGCCGAUCCUAUUGCCUCACUCGUCGACACAGCAUUUAUCGGCCAAAUCGGUCCAAUUGAACUAGCUGCUGUGGGAGUUUCGAUUGCUCUGUUCAAUCAAGUAUCAAGAAUCGCAAUUUUCCCUCUCGUAAGUGUCACAACCUCUUUCGUCGCCGAAGAAGACACAAUCACAGACGCGGGCCCACACGAUACUAUUAAAGAAAUCGAAACCUUGGAGAACGGUCUCACUCUGGACAGUGAAAAAAAUAUGCUAAUACCACUAAAUGAUUUAGGUGAUCAAAAGAUGUAUAAUAAUUUAGAGCAAACAAGUAAAAGCUUCGAUAUAGCAAAGGACGAGCAGAGGAAGAAGAAUAUUCCAUCAGCAUCUUCCGCCUUAAUCAUCGGUGGCGUUCUUGGAAUUAUCCAAGCUGUGUUUCUAAUUCUUGCUGCCAAACCUCUACUAAGUUUCAUGGGAGUCAAAUCAGAUUCGGAGAUGUUGUAUCCUGCACAAGAGUAUUUGAAACUGAGAUCACUCGGUGCACCGGCGGUUCUUUUAUCGUUGGCCAUGCAAGGUGUCUUUCGUGGACUUAAAGACACGAAAACUCCUCUUUUUGCAACAGUGUUCGGAGAUGUAGCGAACAUAGUAUUGGACCCGAUAUUUAUCUUCGUUUUCAAGAUGGAAGUUAGAGGCGCUGCUAUUGCACAUGUUAUCUCUCAAUAUUUGAUUUCAGGUAUACUAUUUUGGAGAUUAAAGGAACAAGUUGAUCUCAUACCACCUACACUCAAAUAUCUCCAAUUCGGUCGAUUUCUUAAAAACGGUUUUCUAUUACUCACGAGAGUUAUAGCGGUGACAUUUUGCGUAACACUAGCUGCAUCAAUGGCUGCACGAAUGGGGUCCACAGAAAUGGCGGCUUUUCAAGUGUGCUUGCAAGUUUGGCUUGCUACUUCUCUUUUAGCCGAUGGAUUAGCCGUUGCUGGACAGGCAAUACUUGCAAGUGCAUUUGCAAGAAACGACUACGAUUGGGCGACUCUCACAGCAUCCCGAGUUUUGCAGUUAGGGUUAGCUCUAGGUUUGGUUCUAGCUCUAUUCCUCGGAUUCGGACUACAUUUCGGAGCGAGAAUAUUCACCAAAGAUGCUGAAGUUCUUCGCCUUAUUGGCGUUGGCAUUCCGUUUGUUGCAGCAACUCAGCCGAUCAACGCAUUAGCCUUCGUUUUCGACGGUGUCAACUUCGGAGCAUCCGAUUUCGCCUACUCAGCAUUCUCGAUGGUAAUAGUGGCUAUAAUUAGCAUUAUAGCAUUGUUCAUUCUUUCAUCAAGUAAUGGAUAUGUUGGAAUCUGGAUUGCACUUACUAUCUACAUGAGUUUAAGAGCAUUAGCUGGAUUUUGGAGAAUUGGGACUGGAACAGGGCCAUGGAAAUUCCUCAGAAGUUGAUUUUAUGUUUUUAUUUUUAUUUUUAGAGGGUGUAGAAAUAUUUAUGAUAAAAAAUAAUUUUUCUUUGACCAAUUAUAUUGCUGCAUUUGGUUUAGGAUACAGUUAAUGUAGUCCAACUUGUCACGAAAUGACCAAAUGGUCCUGAAAAUGGCAAGGGUUUAGUAAGUGAAGAGGGUAUAUUUGUCAUUUACCA